GAAUAAUUAACCAUUAUGUCAUCUUAGAGGGCCUGUAGGGAUACAACCACUACCAAGUUAAAUAAAUGCCUUGUGAAGAACAGCUUUCUUGUUUGCUACUUGAUUUUUACCCCAACUGAUCAAAUGACUAUCCAUGUACUCCAUAUAAUAAUAUACAAAAUGUGUUGUUUGCUUCAUAUCUUAUUCAAGUAGUGCAGUUGGUUUUGGUAACAGAAUCCAUCAUGUAAGAGCUGUUUCAAAUAGUUUAUGGUGUAGUGUAUGUACAGUAUAUGUUCUGAGAAACACUACAGACCCUGAGUAGAACACUGUUGUUUUUUUUCUUUUUCUUUCUUUCUUUUUCCCCCAGAUAAAGUUAUUGCAGUUUCACUGCGUUACAGUUACCCAGUAACAUUAUUUGCAUUUUGGUUUCCAAGCCAACUAAGCCCUCGGGGCAUCUACUUUAUUGUUUGCCCAUGUGACUUGUUUAUUUCCAUGCCAACCUGUACUCUCUAUGGACUUUCAGAGCUUCUUACUCAGAUUACAGUAGGAUCGGACAAGUGAGGUUGCUGCGCACAGUUAAACCACAUAGAAAACCAUUUGAAUCAAAGUGUAGCUUCUCUAAUCUACUGAGGGACACACUCUCUGGCAAGUGUCUAGCUCUUUUGGAUCAUUUGGUACAGGGGUCCAAACAAGGAAGCCUGGAACAGAGAGGAUGGCAGACACACUGGAGGAGUUGAGACAACAGUGUCUGAGUAGAGGAGCAGCUGGGAUUAAAGGCCUGGCAAGAACCUUCCGCAUCAUGGAUGAUGAUGGCAGUAAGUCUCUAAACCUGGAGGAGUUUCAGAAGGGUCUGGAGACCUAUGGUUUGUCUAUUGGAAAGGAAAAGGUCAAGGAGAUCUUCACUUUCGUAGACAAAGAUAGAAGCGGCACCAUUGACUUCGAUGAAUUUCUUGAGAAACUAAGGCCCCCUAUGUCCAGCGCCAGAAAGCAGGUGAUCAAACAGGCUUUCCAGAAGCUGGACCGUACCGGUGAUGGAGUGAUAACUGUGCAAGACUUGGAGGGAGUCUACAACAGCAAACAUCACCCCAAGUACAAGAGCGGCGAGUGGACCGAGGAACAAGUGUUCCGCUCUUUCCUCGACAGCUUCGACUCGCCAUAUGAGAAAGACGGAAAGGUCACUUUGGACGAGUUUGUGAACUACUACAGUGGAGUCAGUGCCUCCAUAGACAACGAUGAUUACUUUGUGACCAUGAUGCAGAACGCUUGGAAGCUGUAAUCACCACGAAUCUCAUCUCUUCAUUGGAAGGCUAGAAAUUUGUAAACUGUUCACUUUGCUUCGACUAGUACUGGAAGCAGUAAAUGAUGUUUUUGGCUAAAAUGUUUCAUUUCCUGGAAUUUGAAUGUGCUUAAAAACUGCAUCUGUGCAGAUGUUUGUAGGGUACACCUAAACAAUAAAUCAUACCUGUAUCUCAAC